CGUUAAAACAAGUACUUCAUAUCGGUGACAUACGGGUAACUUUCAAUGUAGUCAAGAUAAAAUGGCUGAGUGUUCAGAUCAUAGCAGGUCUGUAAUUGGAGGGUCUGAUGAGGCAGAAGUUAUUUUUUGUGAACCUUGUGAACAAGAUGGAAGACAGACUGAGGCUGAAGGUUUCUGUGUUGACUGCUCGGAAUAUCUCUGUGGACAAUGUUACAAGAAUCAUAAACUUUUUAAAGCUUUCAGAAGCCAUGUUCUUCAGGAUAAAAACACUAUGCCUCAAACUGUGAAGGAUAAAUAUGUACAGGAUGUGUGUGUUACAACAUGUAGCCUUCAUGUAGACAAGGUCAUUGAAUAUUUCUGUUCGUCAUGUGACAUACUUGGAUGCACUACAUGUAUUACAUUAAAUCAUAGGCAAUGUGAUAAAGUGGAACACAUUCCUAAACUUGUGAAGGCUAUAAAUAUCACAGGUGAUCUACAAACAUACGUAACUAAGGUCGAUGUCAUGUCACAUCAAGUUCAAGAUGAAAGGAAUACACUGAACGCAAUGUCAGCUAUAGCAGAUGAUAUGAGAAAGGUAGCAAAAACUCUGUUGAAGAAACAACGUAAAGAAAUUAACACAUUUUUUGAUAAACUAGAGAAGGAAAUGGAGAACAAAAUUGAUGAAAUACAUGCAAGUAAUACAACCAUCUUCACUAAAAUGGCUGCAACAUACAAUACCAUGGAUAAAGACCUUAAAGAACUGAAAACGAAAAUUGAUGUUAAAAAGAAAGCUGGUCAACACUGUGAAGCCUUCAUAGCUAUGAAACAAUCAGCUGGGAAUACUGGGAAAUUUGAAAAUCAAUUACAAAGUUUACAGGCAGAAAAUAAAAUACUACAGUAUGAACUUCUUCCUUCUCCUCAGAUUACAGACAUGAUGGGAAAGGUAACUGAGAUAUGCAGGAUAGAAAAUGUUACACCAAAAAUACAUGCAAAACCUCGCAGCAGGAAACUCCAAACAACUGCAUCAAAACAACCUUCAAAUCUAUCAGACACUUCAAAUAACACAACUAGCAGUACUGUUGUUAACAAAAAUAUGAAAUCACUGACUCUUGACACAGAAAUACAGGUUAACACUGAUAGUGAAAGGAAAUCACCCUUUGUCUAUGGUGUCACAUUAACCCAUCAAUAUUUUGCCAUUGUUGCUGAUCAUUCAAAUAAUACAAUUAAAGCAAUUGAUUUAAGGAAAAAGACUGUGGUAUCAGAACUGAAACUAGAAAAUGCGCCAUGGAGUUUAGCUAAAAUAAAUGAUGACAAAGUUGCUAUAGGUAACGCGGAUGGAAUCCAAAUUAUAUCAAUUUCAAAAUCUGGAUUAUUAAGUACAACAGAGGGCAGAAUAUCAACCACUAUUUGUUUAGGUAUUGUAUAUAGCAGUGGAAAGUUUAUUGUGGCACAAGGUUCAUUAGCCCGGUGUAUUAAAAUUCUUAACAUGGAUGGUAAAGUUCUAAGUACAAUCAAAACAGACUCUGAUGGAGGACAGAUGUUUUCUAGCUGUGAUGGAAUAGCACUCAGCAAAGAUCAUAAUACCAUCUAUGUUUCUGAUUUUAAGAAGGAUUCUGUGACCAGUUUAACAUUGGAUGGACAUAUCAAGGCAAUAUAUAAAGACAAAGAUCUUAAUGGACCAUGGGGCCUAACUGUUGAUGAUGAAGACAAUGUCUAUGUAAGCAGCAUAGGAAGUAUUCAUCGACUGUCCCCUGAUUGUAAAAAACUUCAAGUUUUCCAAAACGUGAACGGUCGCAGUGUUUUUCACACAAACAAUAAACUUUUUGUUGGCCAUAAAAGUAUACGGAUAUAUGACCUUAAAUAAAAAACAUUGUAAGAUCAGUCAUAACUUCUGAAUAAUCAUUCUUAGAAUUAUACUUGGGUAUAUGUUGGUAUAUGUUUUCACCAUAAGUAUCGUAUAUUAAUCAAUGCUUAAUUUACAGAAAAUAAUAGUUUAUUGAUGUUGACAUGAAUUAUGUAUUGGAUGAGUAUAACUAGUAGGGUCAUUUGUAUAGAUUAAUGAUUUGCAAGAAAUAUAAAUAUACUUUUUUCAUCUU